CAAUUUCUCCAUUUAUGGUCGCUCUCAUCUCGCGUUGACAUCAACAAAUCUCCCACUCUCCCUCUCUCUCUCUCUUUUUCUUUCUCUCCCUCUCUCUUUCUCUCUAAUGAAGACGAUGCGAGGUCUACGAAACUGCUCAAAGGACGGCGUAACGCUAGACCUGACGGUUCAUCCUCGUCCUCCUCCUCUUUCACCAGCACCACCAACAGUCUCCUCCUCCACCGCCUCAACCAGCCUGUCGUUCGACGAAGAGGAGACAUCAGAGUCAAAGAUCGGACGGCUGAUAUCAGAGCAUCCAGUCAUCAUAUUCACUCGAUCUUCCUCAUGCUGCAUGUGCCACGUCAUGAAGAAGCUUCUGUCUACCGUCGGAGUUCACCCAACGGUGAUCGAGAUCGACGAGGGAGAGAUCGCUUACCUCGCAGUUGAAGCUGCUCCGGUGCUCUUCAUAGGUGGUGCUUGUGUCGGUGGGUUCGAGUCACUUGUAGCACUUCACCUUAGUGGUAACCUUAUUCCUAGACUCGUUGAAGUUGGUGCCUUAUGGGCAUAACUGUAUUUCCCUUUUAAUGUUUUUUUCAGUCUUAGCUCAUUUAUAACUAAUUAUGAAAAUCUGAUAAUCAUAGUUUUUUAAAAAAAUUAUCCAUUGUAAAUUUCCGUUAAAUCUGAAACGUAAAAAUGUUGUAGUAUUUUUUCUUUCUGAAAUCUUUUUUACCAGCUGGGUUGUGUACUUGUGUUCUUUAGGUUAUCACGUGUGAGAUUGAUUCCAUCAUAAAUAUAAAUAUGAAUUAUUUGCGUAUUGAA